AUGGCGGGACCGCAUUCGCGGGCCAGUAGCUCCCCGUUCGCGACACACCAGCGCUCCUUCCUUCUCCACUCAACCACGCAGACUCGCCUCGCGAUCAUCGCCGCGCUGCUAGUCGUCUCCUUCUUUCUCGUCCUCCCUCAAUCCACUCGCGAGCUUCUUUUUCACACCGGCACCUCACCAGAAUCCCUCUCCCCUUCCGCGUUUCCGGGUCGCGAGGCUCCAAAUGCCACGUCAGCCAUGAAUUUCCACGAGGACGCUGACGUGGAGCACGUCACCCGGUCGCCUCUGGUCCCGCUGACGGUGCUUGCUGACCUGGAUGAUGACGGGGCAGUGUGCUUAGAUGGCUCGCCGCCGGCCAUCCAUCUCUCCCCCGGAUGGGGUCGCGGUGCGAACAACUGGCUGAUAUAUCUCGAGGGCGGGGGGUGGUGUAACAGCGAGGAGGAGUGUGCGCAUCGCGCCGCCACCCAUCUGGGCUCGUCCAAGCGCAUGGGGGGACUCAUGGCCUUCGGAGGCAUUCUCUCCCAUGACCCCACAGUCAACCCUGGUGCGUUGAAGGUCAAUCCUGUCCAGACAAACAACGGUCUCGUCUUUUUCCGGGGGAGGCGCAUCUUCGACGCCGUAACCCGGUACCUCGUGUCCCACCACGGCAUGGGGGCGGCAUCCCUUGUUUUAUUAUCCGGCUGCUCUGCUGGCGGUCUCGCAUCCUUGCAGCACUGUGAUAGGCUGGCGGAGAUUCUGCAGCAAUCCUCCAGCCAAUCAGGAACGAGCGAGAGAGCAGGGGCCGAGGAAGGAAGGGCGGGUGGAGGAGCGGAGGAGAGGGCGAUGGAAGGGAGAGGGCGAGUGGGGGGAGGUCCAGUGGUGAAGUGCAUGGGUGAUGCGGGGUUCUUUUUGGACUCAGAGGAUGUUGGAGGAGUGAGGCGCAUGCGAGAGCGGUUCAAAGCGGUUGUUGAAACUCAGAACGUGUCGCUGCAUGAGCGGUGCACGGCAGCGGUGGCACCACAGGACCACUAUCUCUGCUUCUUCCCGGAGCAUCUCCUUCCCUUCCUCUGCCAGCCCUUCUUCGUUCUCAACCCCCUCUACGACUCCUGGCAGGUGUCUUUCUCAUUCGCCCAGCAGCAUGCCUUCCCCUCUCUGGAUUGGCACCACUGCCGCACUGACCUGCGCUCCUGCCCGCCCCACCUGCUGCAGCUGCUCCACGGGUACCACCACCAGAUGGUUACCAAGCUCUCCCCCUUUCUCCCUGCCACGCACUCUCUUAGCCCUCCUCCCCACCAUCGCCGCCGCCUGACUUUGGUGGAAGGCGGAGGGAUUGGUGUUGAGGAGGGAGGUACGGAGGAGGUAGGGGAAAAGAACAUAGGGGAUGGUGAUGGUGAGGAGGAGGAAGGGGGUGAUGGCGAGAGUAAGAGCGGGGAGGAGACGGGAGGUGAGAAUGAGAGAGGGAGUGAGGAGAAGGGAAGUGAGGAGGAGUCGGAGAGUGAAGAGAAAAGGGGGGGUGAAGAGGAGAAGGAAGAGAAUGAGGAGGCAAAAGAAACUGAGGGUGGUGCACGUGUGGAGGGGAAUGAGGAGGAGGAAGAAGGGGAGCAGGAGGAGAAGCCGAGUGCAGAUGAGAGGGCUGACUUGGGAUAUCACAAGGGGCUGGAAGCUGGAGAAAUGGGGAGGGAUUUUGAAGCGAUGAAGAGGGAUGGGCUUGGUGUUGUGGAGGGCGAGGCUUUCCGCUCCCAGGAAGGAGGGGUCUCCGCCUCUGCCUCGCGCAAUGGAGCUCUGCUGCUGUCCUGCCAUCUGCACUGCAUGGCACUGGCAUCGCAAGCAUGGCACGGGGCUGGUGCUCCUCGUGUUGGGGGCAAGACAAUGGCAGAAGCUAUUGGUGACUGGUAUUUUGACCGGAAAGUAACAAAGCUAGUUGACUGCCCUUUCCCUUGCAACCCAACCUGUCUUUUAGGUGCUUGA